AAAGUCAGCUGAGAGUGUAAAUUGUGAGCUACCGGACUUAUCUUGGGCCUUAUCCAAAAGUAAAGUAUCACCACAACACUAUUUUAAUUGUUCAGUGAAUUAUAAAUAUGUUAUUAAACGAUUUACCUGAUGAUUGUCUCUGGUUGAUCUUCGACAACUUCUUCAGAUUAGAAGAGUUGAUCGAAUUGUCUAAAGUUUGUUCAAAAUGGUCCAAUUUGAUUGAUAUAAGAUUGAAAAAAGUUAAAUAUCUUCUCAUCGAAUGGAAAGUUACUCAUUUGGAUUAUUCAAAAGUAUGGAUGGAGGAUCCAGAAACUUUCGAAGUUUAUAAUUUAAGGGAAUUGUUACCAAAUCUCAGGGCUCUUGAUCUCUUUCCUUACGCUGACGAUAGACCAUGGAGAUCAUCAAAUUAUGGACCAAUUGUUGACAAUAAUCCGAAAAUAAAAGGACUGGUUGGAAUAGAUUCUAAAUAUAUCAUCGAUUUGAAAAUGAUCAGUAUGGUCUCAAUAGAUCAAUUUUAUUAUGAGCAAGAGUAUAAAAAACUCUUUCGCCCUAAUCAGUUGAAACAAAUUCGUUAUAAUGAAGAUUUCCUGCUGAAAGAUCUUUCUGAACUCGUCAAAUACUUCCCUGAUUUGAAGCGACUCAACAUUUGGCUUGAAGGGCAAAAAGAUCGUUAUAAUGGUCCAAAUUUAUCCAAUCUGAAGAUCUUUGAGUUUUCUGGAUGCUGGGAUUCUUUCUGUCCCGCAUUUCAUGUGAUGGACUUUUGUCCAUCUUUGGAAAGUGCUUACAUUCAGGGACAAUCAGAUGAUGAGUUUACCAACAUGGCACGGAAGAACUACAAUCUAAGGGAUUUAGUAAUUGAAACAGUAGGGAGUGAACUCAUGACAAACUACAUAUCAUGGCCAUUUUUACGAAGACUGUUGUCCAAAUAUCCAAAUUUGCAUAAUCUUGCGAUUAGAGGAAGUGGCGAAAUAAAUGAUAGUCGUCUUGAAGAGUUGGUUGCGAUUCUACCAGAAAUAAAACUUUGGACUUCAGAAGAUCCAAAGGAGUGA